UUAUUGCUGCAAGUAGCAUGUCAUUUGCAUCACACCCCCACAAAAUUCAAUUUAAGAGUUGCAUUUUCGAUUCAACACGCAUAAUAGUUUAAGAAAGAAAUAUGAAUAGUUACAAGAGAGAAAGAAGAAAUUAAUCUUACGGCUCAUGAUUUUAAUGUAAGUGGAUUAAUUGACUGGUGGCUGUUGGCUAAUAUUGCCGUAGCGCCAAAGAUUUCAGGUCUACACGUCGUUUGAAAGUUUGGGAGGCAUGGCUACAGAUGUUCCAGAUCUCUCUUCAGAUGAGUCAGAGGGUUACAAUGAAAAUGACAUAGAAGAAAAGACAGAUGCAAAAUGUCUGUUUUGUUCUGACUGUGUCAACAUAACAGAAAGUCUUAUUCAUUUGAAGGAAAAACAUAAUUUUGAUAUUUCGUAUUUAAGAGCAAAAUUCAACAUGGAUUGUUAUGAUUACAUAAAACUGAUUAAUUACAUCCGUACGAAUAAAAUUGAGGCUUCUGAAGUGAUGCAGUUAUCAGACUGCGUGUGGAAUGAUGACAGAUUUCUAAAACCUGUGUUAGAAGAUGAUACAUUUUUAAUGAUAGAUUUUGAUGAAAUCGAAGCAGGGGUUUUACCACCACCCGCCUCUGCAAAUGGGAAAGGUGAAGCUAAGGGGGAUGCAGAAAAUCAUUCCAUUGUUAUGGAACAGGUGGAUGAACUGCAAGAUACUGUUAAAGAACUGAUGAAUAAGCUACAAGAGAGGGAUGCAUGCCUUGAGAGGAUGGCUCAAGACAUGCAAAACAUGCGAGAAGUAGCAAAGAAAAUCAUUGGUGCAGAUGAUGUGAAUUUGCAGCAGGACUCAGUGAAAUCAGUCAGUGCUGAAGCUGAUGACAGCUACUUCCAGACAUAUGCACACUUUGAUAUUCAUCAUCAAAUGCUCAGUGAUCGUGUGCGCACUGAGUCGUACCGAGAUGCCAUAAUGAUGAAUAAAUCUGUAAUAGAGAAGAAAACAGUGUUAGAUCUUGGUUGUGGAACAGGUAUAUUAUCAAUGUUCGCAGUAUCAGCUGGUGCUGCAAAAGUUAUGGGCAUUGAUCAGUCAGAAAUUAUUUACAGUGCAAUGGAUAUUAUCAGGGAAAAUGGUAUGGAUAAAAACAUUACUCUUAUAAAGGGUCGGCUGGAAGAUACUGUAUUACCUCUGGACAAGGUUGACGUCAUAGUUUCAGAGUGGAUGGGCUAUUUCCUGUUAUAUGAAGCUAUGCUUGACAGUGUUAUUUAUGCACGUGAGCACCACCUGUCGAAAGGUGGUCUUCUUUUACCAAAUCGAUGCACAGCAAAUCUAGUGGGCAUUGAAGAUAACGAUCGCCACAGACAAUUAAUUCACUUCUGGGAAGAUGUUUAUGGUUUCCGUAUGACCUGUAUGCAGUCAGAAGUUCUACGUGAGCCAUCUGUUGAAGUUGUGCCCAAAGAUAAAAUAGUAACAAGCUCCUUUGUUUUGACUGAGAUAGAUUUGUACUCCUGUACUACUGACUGUAUCAAUUAUACUUCAGAAUUUUCUCUGGAAGCAUUGAGAGACUGUACCAUUACUAGCUUUGCAGGUUACUUUGAUGUGUUCUUUGAUCUUCCAGUACCUAUUCAGUUCUCAACAGGCCCUAUUUCUGAGGCAACUCACUGGAAACAGACAGUAUUUUUCUUAAAACGACCUAUUCCAUUGCAAAAAGGUGAAACACUUACUGGAAAAUUAACAUGUAUGCGUAAAGAAGUACGUUCUCUGGCUGUAACAAUUUCACUCUUGGGGCAAGUGCAUAAGUUUACAUUAAGCUGAAAUUCAUUUCUGAAAUGAAAUGUCGUAAAAAAACUGACUUGAAGGCGCAAUAUUUUUAAAAAAUAAAUUGUUUGUUUUAUACAUUCUGUUUGGAAAAUUUUAUAAAGUAUUUUUUUCCAAAAAUUAUAAA